AUGCCGCCUCACUGGAUCGGGACCCCGGGAUCCAACUCACCAGUCACCAUAAUCAUAUCCAACGAGAGCGUGACAUCAGUGCGGUGUUUGGUGGGAAAUGCAAGCACAACCAUUUUUCCGGAGCAUGUCGCCACACAUGUUCCAACCCCCAACCUGGAGGGGCAGGAAUCUGUCGGUCAAACCUCUAAACCAUUGACCAACCUUGGUAUGAGAGACUGUGCGAGUGCCGCGCGGCCACCCAUCCCCAGUAUAGCUCAGUGGGUUGACGAGGUACACAAACCGUCACACUACAGUCAACUCCAGUAUCUUGGUGACGGAAACCCACCAACGAUUUAUGACGCUGGCAGCCACGGCCCAAUAACACAUCCGUUGGUGCUCGUGUAUCCGAACUAUAGUCUUCACUACUUGGCUGUCCAAUUCUCUGACCUCUACACAGACUUACGGCAGUAUGACAUCAGUAUCAGUAUUAGUUCUGAUUGUAGUGUGACAGGUGAGGUGAAUGCACGAAUCUGCAAGGCUCGGACGGCGUUUGCUAAUUUAAGACACCUAUGGCGUCAGUAUAGUUUGUCCCUGAAUCUGAAGGGACGUGUGUAUCAAGCUAGAGUACGGGUUGUUUUGUUGUAUGGCUGUGAGACUUGGCCUAUUCGAGCAGCGGAACUGAGACGUCUUCAGGUGUUCGACAAUCGUUGUCUCAAAACCAUAGCUCGUGUGGGUUGGUGUCGGCAAAUCCGUAAUGAGGCAGUUAGAAAGCGAGAUUUCGGUUGUUGGCGUAAACAGAGAGGUGGCCAACCCUUGACUUGGCAGAGGAGUAUGAAGGAGACCAUGAAACGCUUGGGUGCUGUCGGUGCUACUCGCCUUCCACGAUGGGGACCGCGUGAUCUUCACUAUAUGUGGUUGCAGACACUACAAGAUAUGGCUGCCAACCGAUGUAAUGAGUCGGAUUCACUCGUGAAGCAGGUAAGGCUUACAAAGCAAAGGUGGUUUGGGUAUGUUAUGUAUACCGGACUACCGUCUACCAAGGAAAGCCGUGCUCUCCAUUCCGAAUCCUCGUGGAUGAAAAGUACGCCGAGGACCAGCAGUGACGUGACAGCUCAAGCUGAAAUCGUUCUCUGCGUGGCUUUACCAUUACUUAUUAUCGAAUUCCGGAACUCUUCACCCACCGUCGUGAGCGCUUGGUUUAUCGGUGGUGUGUUUGUUCUUGGAGCAGUUCCGAUCUCUCUGUGGACAAUCCUUGAUCAUCUGAUAAACUACACAAAACCCUACCUUCAGCGCCACAUCAUAAGGUAUUUUCUUCUUCCUUGCCCGUUAAACUUAUAUUUCAGAAUAUUGUGGAUGGUUCCCAUUUAUGCAUUAGAUGCUUGGUUUGCUCUGAAAUUUCCGCCCAAUGCUAUUUACUUUGACACACUGAGAGAAUGCUAUGAGGCUUAUGUAAUAUACAACUUUCUGGCGUUUUUGUUAAAUUACCUUCGGCACGAACAUCCAGACUUCAUUUAUGUAAUCGAACAGAAGCCCCAGGUCAAACACCUUAUUCCCUUCUGUUGCUGCCCAAACUGGACGAUGGGGAGGCGGUUUAUUGACCACUGUCGUCACGGUGCUCUGCAGUACACAGUGAUACGGCCGAUAACGACCGCCAUUGCGCUCAUUUGCGACCGCCUGGGUGUUUAUGGCGAAGGAGAUUUCAAUUUCAAACAUGCUUUCGUCUACCUCACAAUCAUCAAUAACGUUUCCCAAGUGUGGGCUUUGUACUGCCUCAUCCUGUUCUAUCAAUGUACGAAGGAGGAACUGCGGCCGAUGAGUCCGGUGUCCAAAUUUUUGUGUGUCAAGUUUGUCGUUUUCAUGUCAUUUUGGCAGUCCAUCCUCAUAUUCAUUCUCGCUGUCACCGGUGUCUUCAAAGAUGUCAAGAUUUGGGAAAUGACUGACGUAGCCUCCAUUGGCAUUGUCCUCCAGAACUUCGCCAUCUGCAUCGAGAUGUUUUUCGCCGCCCUCGCUCACCACUUUUCUUUCAGUCAUUUGCCGUAUGUGGAUCAAAGUGUACCCAACGUGGAUUGUUGCACUUCUUGGUGGUCAAUGUGGGAUGUAUCAGAUAUGAAGCGGGACCUGUUCGAGCACGUGCGCCAUGUCGGAUAUACCGUUCGCUUCCUGAGUCCCCAUCGCCGUCACGCAGUUUCCUCACAUCACCGUUAUUCGGACGCUUUUAAUGAUGCAGAUGGAAGUUUGCUUUGUGGUGUUGAUUCAGAAACAAAUCCGUUGCUCCAGCAAUACUCUAGAAUCCGCCGUUCCGACACUGACUACGAUCAUUCACUUCCGGCUGAUUGCGAUGUCCGUGAUGUGGACUCCCACAUCCAUCCCAAUUCUUCCGCAGAUAUACCCUCCACUAUAACUAUCACACAACCUCCCGUUCAGUGUGAAGCACCUCUGGCUCCGGCUGUCAAUGACAUUUCAAAGGAAAGAGAACAACAUGGGUUACCACCAUCCUGUGCGAGUCAUUCGACACAACCGGUUUCCCACGAGGACCAAGAGCCUUUUGUCACCUUAUAGGAUGUUUGUGGCUGGAUGGCUUUUUGUUGUGCAACUGCGUACGAAUGCAGUUCACAUAAUGUACGCUUUCUUCUGAUGUACACCUAAUAUUGAAGCAAGUUUCAUUAUCAGUAUGAAAUAAAUGCUCUUCCUAAUCAGCAGAAGAGUCCGAAGUCUCUUCUAACCUGUGUGUGGACUAGCUGAUCUAUGAAAUUCUCGUAACUGAUCGGCUGGACAUCUUGGUCUGGA